AUGCGUAUCACAAACGCGGCUACCGCUGCUUUACUGCCCUUAGCGGCUUUCAUGGGCAACGCUGUUGCUGAGGAGCUUGAAGAUGAUGCCGUUGAGUCGUCCUCGACCACAUCUACCUCUACCUCCACCACUGUUUCCAUAAAAAAGCCGACAUUCACUCCUACUCCCGCCAAAGGUCCGUUCUGGGAACAGUUCACCGAUGACUGGAAAUCGAGAUGGACUCCAAGUCACGCCAAGAAGGGUAAUACCGGCGAGGAAGAGUGGGCCUACAUUGGUAACUGGGGCCACGAGGAACCAUAUGUCCUUCAGGGUAUCAUCGGAGAUAAGGGUCUAGUCGUCAAGGAUAAGGCCGCUCACCACGCUAUCUCUGCUAAGUUCAAGAAGCCAAUUGAUCCCAAGGGCCAAGGUCUUGUUGUCCAGUAUGAGGUCAAGCUUCAGGAGGGACUUGAAUGUGGUGGAGCUUACUUGAAGCUUCUGCGUGAGAGGACCGAGCUCCAUAAUGAGGAGUUCUCCAAUACCUCUCCAUACGUCAUCAUGUUCGGACCCGACAAGUGCGGUGGUACCAACAAGGUUCACUUCAUCUUCAACCACAAGAACCCAAAGACUGGCGAAUAUGAAGAGAAGCACCUCCAGGGCGCUCCAAUGGCUCGUAUCGUCAAGCAGACCACUCUCUACACCCUUAUUGUCAAGCCAGACAACUACUUUGAGGUCCGUAUCGACGGAACUCGUGUCAAGAAUGGUACUCUCCACGAGAGCUUUGAGCCACCAGUCCAGCCACCAAAGGAAAUCUCCGAUCCAGAUGACAAGAAGCCAGAGGACUGGGUUGAUCAGGCUAUGAUCCCCGACGAGGAAGCCAGCAAGCCAGAGGACUGGGAUGAAGAUGCACCAUACGAGAUUCUUGACGAGGAAGCCGUCAAGCCAGAGGACUGGCUCGAGAACGAGGCUAGUGAGGUCGCCGAUCCAGAAGCCAUCAAGCCAGAAGGAUGGGUUGAUGAGGAGGAUGGUGACUGGAUCCCACCAACCAUUCCCAAUCCCAAGUGCCAGGAAGCUUCCGGUUGCGGCCCAUGGACAAAGCCAAUGAAGGCCAACCCAGCUUACAAGGGCCCAUGGGUUCGUCCCCAGAAGAGCAACCCAGCCUACAAGGGUGUUUGGGAACCCAGAAAGAUUGAGAACCCCUCUUUCUUCGAGGACAAGACCCCAUCCAGCUUCGAGCCAAUUGGUGCCAUCGGUUUCGAACUCUGGACGAUGAGCAACGGUAUCCUCUUUGACAACAUCUACAUCGGUCACUCCGUCGAGGAGGCCGAGGCUCUCCAGAAGGCUACUUUCGACGUCAAGAAGGCCAUUGAAAAGGAAGAAGAUGAAGCCACUCAACCAAAGCCACCCACUGAUGAGGAUGACGCUAAGCCAGCCGCCAAGGGCCCAACUACACUCAACUUCAUGGAUGAUCCCGUUGUGUACAUCAAGGAGAACUUGGAACUCUUCAUCACUCUUCUCAAGAAGGACCCCAUUGAGGCCAUUCGCUUCAUGCCAGAGUUCGCCGGUGGUGUCGGAGCCGUUGCCGCCGUUGUUUUGGCCAUUCUUAUCGGUGCCAUCAGCGCUCUCUUUACUCCAGCUGCCGCUCCUGCCGCCAAGGCCGGUGCUGCCAAAGCUAAGGAUGCCGCCAAGGCUGUUAAGCAGAAGGUCGAGGAGGUCAGCGAUGAUGCCUCUGCCACCGGUGUUGAGAAGCCAAAGGCCACCAAGCGUGCCAGCAAGAAGGAGUAA